AUGCUACAGAACUACAACAUCCACCUAUCAAAGGACAUGGCCAUGCUCUCCCUUCUUUGGCUACUCCCGUCGGCGCUCGCCGCUCAACCCUCCGCGCCCGACCCCAUCUCCGCUCCGCUGCGCGCCCUUGAUUUCGGGCAACUGAAUUUCCUCCAUACUACCGAUACACAUGGCUGGCUGGCGGGUCAUUUGCAGGAACCAUCUUACUCCGCAGACUGGGGAGACUAUGUAUCAUUUGCAGCCCGUAUGCGGGAAAAGGUCGAAGCCCAAGGGCAAGAUCUGCUAGUCAUAGACACCGGAGACCGAGUCGAAGGCAACGGCCUAUACGACUCGUCCGAGCCGAAGGGUAUCUACCUUUCGGAUAUCCUACGGCACCAACAUAUCGACUUGUUGACGUCGGGAAACCAUGAACUAUAUAAGCAGAACACCUCGGAGGCCGAGCUCCUCACUACCGUUCCUAACUUCCGGGGCAACUACCUCGCAUCUAAUAUUGAUAUUAUUCACCCAACCACGAAAGAGCUGGUGCCGCUUGCUCCGCGGUACAAGAAAUUCACUACCAAGAAACAGGGCAUCCGUAUAGUCGCCUUUGGCUUCCUGUUUGACUUCACCGGAAACUAUAAGAACACAGUCGUCCAGAAAGUAUCUUCCACAAUAAAAGAGGACUGGUUCCAGGAAGCUAUCCGGGACAAAGAGGUCGACUUAUUCUUGGUGAUCGGCCAUGUACCAGUGCAUUCGCCGGAAUACCAGGCCAUCUUCAAGGAGAUUCGAGGAAUCCGUUGGGACACCCCCAUUCAGUUCUUCGGCGGACAUCAGCACAUCCGCGAUUACGCGCGGUAUGAUUCCAAGGCCUACGGAUUGGCGAGCGGUCGGUUCAUGGAGACCAUUGGGUUUGCGUCGAUCGACGGUCUGAACACCCCCAAGAGCAACCAUUUGUCCAGCGCAGUUGCCAGUCCCAUUUUCAAGCGGAGGUACAUUGAUCAGAACUUGUUCUCUUAUUACCACCACACGGGUCUUGAUGAAAGUUCAUUCCCUACCGAAAAGGGUCAGAACGUUUCCCGGCUGAUCGCCAAAGCACGGACCGAGCUUAAGCUAGAUCAAGUCCAUGGCUGUGCUCCACAAGAAUUCUGGAUGUCUAGAGUCAAGUAUCCAAGCCCUAACAGCUUAUACUCAUGGCUAGAGAAUGUCUUGGUUGAUUCGCUGAAAGACGAGAAACGUGCCGGUGUGCCGGCGCUCGCCGUGGUGAACACAGGUGCCAUGAGGUUUGAUAUCUUCCAAGGGCCCUUCACUCAGGACUCGACUUUUAUUGUGUCGCCAUUUACCAGCGGUUUCCGAUAUGUGAAGGACGUGCCCCUUGCCAAAGCCCGGCUUAUCGUCGAGGUCUUGAACAAGCAGCCUCAGGUUCUGCAGGCAUUGCAAGAAGGAGACUCCCCCACCACACUGGCUCCUCCCGAGCAGCUUGCGUAUAAAGAAGACGUGGUGGCUCACACAUGGGCAGGUCCCUCUGACCAAACCACUUUGUCGGGCAAGGGCAAGCUUGUGCCCGGGUACACCACCGAAGAUGAUGCGGGCAAAGACGGCGAUGAUACCGUGCAUGAACCCAUCUCCUUUUACCGUGUACCCAACUGCCUCCAGGUGCUUUUGAACAAUGCCACCGAGACAUCGGAAACUGUGGAUCUGGUCUACGUCGACUUUAUCGAGAAAUACAUCAUCCAGGCCGCUCAAUUCGCUGGCCUUGGUGUGGAUGUUGCCAAGGAAAGCGACAUGUAUAUGCCCCAGAAGUCGCUGACGAACCUGAUUCUGGACUGGGUCAAAGUGAACUGGAAGUGUUGA